AUGCUCGACUUAAAGGUUCAAAGACCACUGCCAAGCGACCUGAUCUAAAGGCUGUAUCCAAGAUGAUGGAAAAUAAUGAGACACUGUACCCAGAGAAAAGAAUUGGCAACAUUCCAGGUAUUGAGGUUGGACAUCAGUUCUAUUCUCGUGCUGAAAUGGUGGUAGUUGGUUUUCAUAGCCAUUGGUUAAAUGGCAUAGAUUAUAUGGGCUUGUCCUAUUCUAAAGUGCACAGCAACUAUAAAUUCCCACUUGCUGUUGCCAUUGUUUUGUCGGGCAUGUAUGAAGAUGAUCUUGAUAAUGCCGAGGAUAUUGUAUACACUGGUCAAGGUGGGCAUAAUUUGACUGGUGAUAAGCGUCAAAUUCGGGAUCAAAAGUUGGAACGUGGUAAUUUGGCUCUCAAGAAUUGUGUUGAGCAAGGUGUGCCUGUAAGGGUUAUUCGUGGUCAUGAAUCUUCAAGCAGUUACACUCGUAAAGUGUACACAUAUGAUGGUUUGUACAAGGUUGUCAAAUAUUGGGCAGAAAAAGGAAUAUCUGGAUUUACAGUCUACAAGUUUCGACUUAGGAGGCAUGAAGGGCAACCUACAUUAACCACAAAUCAGGUUUAUUUUACUUAUGGACGUGUACCUCAAACUCUAGCAGAAAUACGAGGAUUGGUUUGUAAGGAUAUUACUGGAGGUCAAGAAGAUAUGCCCAUUCCUGCUACAAAUUUGGUUGAUGAUCCCCCUGUUCCACCAACAGGUUUCAGGUAUCUUAAGUCUGUUAAGGUUGCAAAAAAUGUGAAGCUUCCCAUGAAUGCCAUUGGAUGUAAAUGCAAAGGGAAAUGCAAUGAUCCAACAACUUGUGAAUGUGCAUUGCGUAAUGGCUCUGAUUUUCCCUAUGUAUCUCGGGAUGGUGACAGGUUAAUUGAAGCUAAAGAUGUCGUUUUUGAAUGUGGUCCCAAAUGUGGUUGUGAUCCUGAUUGUUUGAACCGAACAUCUCAAAAAGGACUUAGAUAUCGUCUGGAGGUUUUCCGUACUGCAAAAAAAGGAUGGGCUGUUAGAUCCUGGGAUUUUAUACCUUCUGGAGCACCAGUUUGUGAGUACACUGGAAUACUUGCUAGGACGGAAGAUAUGGACAGUGUGUUAGAAAACAAUUAUAUUUUUGAGAUAGAUUGCUUGCAAACGAUCAAGGGGCUUGGUGGAAGAGAGAGGCGGUCACAAAAUGGAGCAUUUGCUGCGAGUCUUUUGGACAAAUAUGAUGACCCAGGUUCUGAAAGCAUUCCAGAGUUUUGCAUUGAUGCAGGAUCUACAGGAAAUAUUGCUAGGUUUAUAAACCAUUGUUGUGAGCCUAACCUGUUUGUUCAAUGUGUUUUGAGCACACACCAUGAUUUGAGAUUGGCUCGUGUAAUGUUGUUUGCUGCCGAUAACAUACCCCCUUUGCAGGAGUUGACUUAUGACUAUGGUUAUGCGCUUGAUAGCGUCUUGGGCCCCGACGGGAAGACCAAGCAAAUGCCUUGCUAUUGUGGAGCCCCAGGCUGCAGGAAGCGAUUGUUCUAAAUGCUGCCUUUCCCAUUUUUGUAGAUGUGUGGCCAUUUUUGUAAAACUAAGGCGCUUGCGUUUUUGUAUUCUAAAACUGGCGCUGCAGGUGCUCAAUUGGUUCGUCGAUGUGCAAUAUGUACAAUUGUUGGGUCGAUAUGGCAGCAGAGUAACAUUGUAAUUUUUUGAAAUUCGAGAAAUGAUAUAGAUUUUCUUUGC